GAAUUCCUGUGGUUGCCCUAACUCUGUGCGUGUUGGCUUUGCAAGCAGAUGCGGAGCCUAAGCCAUGCGGGCUCCUCAGUCUUCUUGGAGGCUUGUUGUCAGGAGGGGCGCCAGGUGGAAUGGGAGGAGCCCUUCGCCCGGCGGGAGGUGGACUAAUGGGAGGGGCAAUGGGUGGAAUGAAACCAGGAAGAGCAAGAGGUGGACUAGGUGGAAUGGGUUAAAGACCAGGGAAUUCUUCACAUUACAUAACGACGCCACACCUUUUGACGCAGAUUGAUGUGUAAUUCUCCAUAAAGUUACAUAAAAUAUACAAAACUUAGUUUCGUAUAAGAUGGUAGUGGCUAAAAAAAAAAAAGAUAA